ACCAAACCGCACCGAAUCCUCCUGCGCGCAUCUCCGGAUCCAUGGGCUGCUUCCUCACCUGCUUCGGCGGCGACGGCGACCGGCGGCGUCGCCGCCGGAAGUUGCGGAGGCAGUCUCCGGCGAGGUCCCCGCCGCGACCGAAUCAUGUUGCCGGGGUCCAUGAGGCGUCGGUGGUGGUGAAGAAGGCGUCGCCGCCGUUGCACGGGGCGAAGCCUUCGACGCCGCUGUCGGCGGGUGUGGUGGUGGAGGAGGUGUCGCCGCCGCCGUUGCACGAGGGGAAGGUUUCGAUGCAGCUGUCGGCUGAUGUGGUGGUGAAGGAGACGCUGCCGUCGUUGCACGAGGCGAAGGCUUCGAUGCCGCCGUCGUUUGUGGAGGUCGUGGGUGAGGUGGUCGCCGAUGCAUGCCCCGGCAAGGAGCUCAGGAAUCAGAGUGAGCAGAAGGCGUCACCUGUGCGCUCUUUGCCGCUGGAGAAGCAAAUCGCACCACCACUCUCCCCGGUUAAAUGUUCUCCUGUGGUGUCAGCAGCUGUUUCCGCACCUGAUUCAGUGGAAUGUUCACCUGUGGUGGCAGCGGCUGUUUUCACACCUGAUUCAGUGAAAUGUUCUCCUGCUGCGGCAGCAGCUGUUUCCACUUCUGAUUCAGAGCUCAGGGAGGUGAAUGAGCAUGGAAGUCGCAGCAGUGGCAAGAAGAAAGUUACAUUCGACAUGCAUGCCACAACAUAUGAAAAUGCAGCAUUGCCUGAUCAAGAUGACGAACCACCUGAGGAUAUAGAUGAUGAAGAUGAAAAACAGGCACAUAAGACUGUGGUGCUCCCAGAGAAUCAUCGGUACCGGAAUUGCUCAGACAGCGAUGACGAUGUGGAAGAUGAGUACGCUGAGGAUGAUGUAUAUGGUGAUGACAGUGACGAAGAGGAGGAGGAUUUUGUGGACUGCAAGAUUGAUUUAUUGGAUGAGGAGGAAAUGGGCACUGAAGAAAACAAGCAGGAGUCUCAUGAGUCUCUAUUCUCACUGUCAAUGUCUAAUGAUCAGCAGAACGACCAAGAAGUUAUCAGUCCUGCACCCAAGAGCAGUGGUGGCUCUGUAGAGGAAGAAAGCCCUCUAAUUCGGAGAAACAAUCCCCGUGAUAGAAGUCAGUAUGUUCGUCCUGUGCUAAACCCAGUUCAGAAUUUGUCGCAGUGGAAGGAGGUUAAGAGCCUUAAGACCCAAGCAGUGCCAGAUAAAAAAUUGGACAAGGAGAAUGUAAACUCAGUGCUAGAUGUCGGUGCAAGCCCUGGCUCUAAGUUAUCAAGCCAGACAAAGAUAAGCCCUUGCAACACUAGCAAGAGGGGAGUUUCUGUUGACGCAAGCCUCUCUACCUGGUUGGUUUCUUCUGAAAACUCAACAGUGGACAAGGUGCAAAGUAAAUCUCCCUGUUCCGUCUCCUCAGUAAGCCGAGAGGAAAGACCUGUCUUGGGUGCUCUAACUGUUGAUGACCUUAAGCAAUCAUCAGCUGCAUCAUCUCCACGAAGGUCUCCAAGCCAUAACCGUGAGGGGGCACCGAUGUUGGGUACAGUAGGAAGUUACUGGAGUUGCACAAUGCAGGAUAAUGGGUACUGUUCGUCUAGAUCUGAUUCAGGAACUAAUGGAAUCCCCAAUACAACAAGCAAGUACAGAGAGGACAAAAGGGUGAACUGGCCAUCGACUCCCUUCAAUGUUAAGCUGGAUAGAGCUCUGAAGAAAACUUCUGCAUGAGUUGUCGCUAUUCAUUCAAGCCUUAGAGAGAUCGAGUCUUCGUUGAAUGUGUGGUUCCAAGAAAUUUCCCGCUCUAAGCACUGCUUCGCCAAUACGCUCUUUAUUCCUCUUUGUUUAUCCUUGUAUUUUUCGUGUGCGAAUGUUGCUGAAUUUUAUGUACAUUGGAGUGCUGCCCAUGCUGCCGGAUACAGAAGUGCUGGAAACUUGGGCUUGUUUGCGUCUGUAUAUUGCAAAUGAUUGUAACUUGUGUGACAAAAAAAAUAGUAUUUAGGUUUUGACCAUCUUUUUUGUGAUGGUGCUGAAUGUGCAUUUGGACACAUUCUCUACCUAUCUGCAAUUGUACUUCGGUUGAAAAUCUGAACUCUACAAAACAUUUUUAAUUUUUAUUUUGGAGCCAG